AGCGAUGGCCCGGUCCUGAGCGCCCCGCCAUGGCCGGCGCCCCCAGCCCGCUCAGCCUGGCGCUGCUGCUGCUCGGGGCGGUGGGCAGGGCCGGCCCCCGCCCCCAGGGUGCCACCGUGUCCCUCUCAGAGACAGUGCAGAAGUGGCGAGAAUACCGACACCAGUGCCAACGCUUCCUGACUGAGGCCCCACCCCCAGCCACAGGCCUGUUUUGCAAUCGGACCUUCGAUGAGUAUGCCUGCUGGCCAGACGGGCUGCCGGGCUCCUUCGUGAAUGUCAGCUGCCCCUGGUACCUGCCCUGGGCCAGCAGUGUGCUGCAGGGCCACGUGUACCGGUUCUGCACAGCUGAGGGCCUGUGGCUGCGCCAGGACAACUCCAGCCUGCCCUGGAGGAACCUGUCCGAGUGUGAGGAGUCCAAGCGAGGGGAGAGAAGCUCCCCAGAGGAGCAGCUCCUGUCCUUUUCCAUCAUCUACACGGUGGGCUACACACUCUCCUUCUCCGCUCUGGUCAUCGCCUCGGCCAUCCUCCUGAGCUUCAGACACCUACACUGCACCCGGAACUACAUCCACCUGAACCUGUUUGCAUCUUUCAUCCUCCGAGCUCUGUCCGUCUUCAUCAGGGACGCAGUCCUCAAGUGGAUGUACAGCACGGCCCCCCAGCAGCACCAGUGGGAUGGCCUCCUCUCCUACCAGGAUUCUCUGGGCUGCCGCCUGGUGUUCCUGCUCAUGCAGUACUGCGUGGCGGCCAAUUACUACUGGCUCCUGGUGGAGGGCGUGUACCUGUACACGCUGCUGGCCUUCUCCGUCUUCUCCGAGCAGCGCGUCUUCAGGCUCUAUCUGAGCAUAGGCUGGGGUGUCCCCCUGCUGUUUGUUAUCCCUUGGGGCAUUGUGAAGUACCUCUAUGAGGAUGAGGGCUGCUGGACCAGGAACUCAAACAUGAAUUAUUGGCUCAUUAUCCGGCUCCCCAUUCUCUUUGCCAUUGGGGUGAACUUCCUCAUCUUUGUCCGGGUCAUCUGCAUUGUGGUGUCCAAACUGAAAGCCAAUCUCAUGUGCAAGACGGACAUCAAGUGCAGACUUGCCAAGUCCACACUGACACUCAUCCCCCUCCUGGGGACCCACGAGGUCGUCUUUGCCUUUGUGAUGGAUGAACAUGCCCGGGGGACGCUGCGCUUCAUCAAGCUGUUUACGGAGCUCUCCUUCACCUCCUUCCAGGGGCUGAUGGUGGCCAUCUUGUACUGCUUUGUCAACAAUGAGGUCCAGAUGGAGUUUCGGAGGAGCUGGGAGCGCUGGCGGCUCAAGCACUUGCACAUCCAGAGGGACAGCAGCAUGAAGCCCCUCAAGUGUCCCACCAGCAGCCUGAGCAGCGGGGGCACGGUGGGCAGCAGUGUGUACGCAGCCACAUGCCAGGCCUCCUUCAGCUAAGCCCCCAGCUGCUUCCCUCCCUGUGGUCUCACUGCUGGCUGGGUGGCCAUCCUGGGUGGGAGAGACCCUGCUGGGGCUGGGGAAGGGAGGGAUACACACACACAUGCAUCCCUGCUUUCCCUUCC